UCAGUUCUCUGAAUGAAUCCGAGCUGUGGUAUUUAUCAUGACUCUUGCGUUAUCGGUCAGAGUGAUAAAAUAUCAUCAGCAUGUCAUCUCCAUCUCACAGUCAGUGUGUGACGUUCACAGAUUCAGACAGAAGUUAUUCAGAAGCUGCAGAGGCGCUGAUAUCCAUGAACAUCCACCGGGAGCCUGGAAACUUCCAGAAGUGUGUACUUCGGCCUUUGACUCCUUCAUCUGAUGUGUGUGAGGACUCACAGCAGUCUUUAACCUGUGAAGCGUGGUGCAUGACUCCACCGUCUAGCCCUGAUCAGGAGCCACCGCAGGGGUCAGAGGUCAAACCACAGGCCAUCAGUGUGAUCCGCCACACAUCCGAUGUCCCAUCAGCCCCUGCUGCAGCACCGGCACACACACUGAUUCUUGCGUCCGCGAGUGUGUUUCCGCAGUCUGUGCUGUUUGUGGACUCAGUGCUGCUGAUUGUGUCUCCUAAACACACAGCUUCAUACGGUGUGAGAUUCAGCGCCAUCGCUCCGGCUCCAGGACACACACCGUCCACACACACCGAUGUAUCUGCAGGCGUCCCGUCACGGCCUCGAGAUCACGUCUGCACACACCCCGACUGCGGGAAAACAUACUUCAAGAGCUCGCAUCUCAAAGCACACCUGAGGACACACACAGGUGAGAAGCCGUUCAGGUGCUGCUGGAACGGCUGUGUGAGGUGUUUCUCCAGAUCUGAUGAACUGUCCCGUCACCGGCGCACACACACCGGAGAGAAGCGCUUCAGCUGUCCCGUCUGCCACGCUCGCUUCGUGCGCAGCGACCACCUGAGCAAACACACGCGCCGUCAUCUGACAUUCAGGAGAAACACAGCAGCAUCACAGAGAGAAAUCAACAUCAGCCUGCAGCGUCUCGCUCCCAAGACUGACACGUGACACAUCUGCUGAAACAAGGACAUCACUACUGCCUUUAUUUAUUUAUAUGUACACGUUUACAUUCAUACUGUACCUAUAGAAAUCAUCAUACCCUGUGGAUGAACAUCAGUCUGCAGCAGCUCGCUCCCAAGACUGACAGAUUUCUGAAAACCCGACAUCACUCACUAGUGCCUAUAUUUACUCAUAUGCAGUUGAGGGCAAAAUUAUUAACCCCCCUGUGGAAUAUUUGUUCACUUAAAGGUGCUGUAUAUAAAAGUUUUAGACUCCUCUAAAGCAUAAAAAUACCAUAAUAUGUUUGCAGAUA